AUGGAGUUUUGUGGAUAUAGUGUUACAAAAAAUGGGAUUUGGACAGCAUUGGAGGAAUUAGGUGAGGAGUGUGUCAGUAUGGCCUCUAUGUCUGUCCUGGUUAAUGGGUCACCAUCCAAGCCAUUUCACAUGGAGAGAGGCCUCAGACAAGGGGAUCCCCUUUCUCCAUUUUUGUUUGUGCUUGUGGUCGAUGUGUUACAUCGGAUGUUGGAAGAAGCUGUCAGGAACGGGCGCAUUGCUCUGUUACUGGUCGGAGGAGAACAUAUCGCAUUGUCGCACUUACAGUUUGCAGAUGAUACGAUAUUGUUUUGCCCCUCGGCAUGUGGCCUACUGGGGUGCAACGAAGCGGUUUUACCAGUUAGAUACCUUGGGAUUCCUUUGGGUGCGAAUCCCCGUUUGGUGAAGACUUGGAAACCGAUACUAGAUAAGGUGGAAGAGAAACUCAGUCAGUGGAAAGCAAAGGUCCUAAGCAAAGCGGGCAAGUUGGUGCUAAUCAAAUCAGUGCUGAAUAGCUUACCAAUAUAUUACCUUAGCUUGUAUAGGAUGCCAAAGGCGGUUGCGGAUAAGCUGAUUGCGUUACAAAGGAGAUUUAUGUGGUGCAAGGGGGAUGGUAAUGAUGGUAUCCCAUUAGUUAAGUGGGGGCUGGUCCAGGCACCGAAAAAGGCUGGGGGCUUGGGGAUUGGAGAUGCAAUGCUUCGAAACACAGCGCUGUUGUUUAAAUGGUGGUGGCGGUUUUCAAAGGAGGAUUGUUCAUUGUGGAAAAGGAUUGUAUGCUCGUGUAACAACCUGAACUCUGAUGCAAUGCUAGCAACUCAGCAGCUACCGAAUAAAGGAGGACCAUGGAAAGACAUCUGUCAUUUGAACAUUACAGAGCAGAGAAUAAAAGACAAAAUGCUUGCUGGCCUGGUGAUGGAGGUAUUACAAUCGGAGACCAUGUCAGUCUGGAGAGGGGUGGUACCUCCGAGAAUUGAGCUUUUUGGAUGGUUUGUGCUUGUGGGUAGAGUUAAUACUAAGGAGAGGUUAAGCAAGAUAAGUGUCAUUCCGCCAGCUGAUAACAUUUGUGUGUGGUGCAGUUGGUUGCGGGUCUUUGGUGAAGAUUGGGCUAUUCCUGGUACUAUAAAGGAACUGUUUGAGAGUUGGACUAGUUGGCAUAAGAGAAAAGAAGAGCAGAAGCGGUGGCUGACUGCGUUCUUUGCAGUGAUUUAG